CCACAUCGCGGCCGUCCGUCCGUCCGCGUGGCGCCAUCCCGCCCGCGCGGACCGGGCGUGCGGGGUCUCCUCCUCGCCCGUUUAAAUGGGUCGCGCAUCUCGCCGGCCCCGAGUCAGACGAACGCGACGAGCUCACCCAGUUUUGGUUGGCAGAGUGAAGCGGCGGCCGUCGACGAUGCGCAAGUGGGCGCUCUCCUGCGCGCUCCUCCUCGUCCUCCUCCUCACCACCCUCCCCGAUCCAGCUAAGAAGCUCCAAGUCAAUGCCGAGGAGAGCAGCGACGAGGUGGGCGACUUUCCCAAGGUAGAGGAGAAGCUUGGGGCCGUCCCCCAUGGCUUGUCCACCGACUCCGAGGUUGUCCAGAGGGAGUCCGAGUCGAUCUCGAGGAAGACCCUCAGGAACUCGGCCGAGAAGUUUGAGUUCCAGGCCGAGGUGUCCAGGCUCAUGGACAUCAUCAUCAACUCACUCUACAGCAACAAGGACAUCUUCCUGAGGGAGCUCAUUUCCAAUGCAUCUGAUGCUUUGGAUAAGAUUAGGUUCCUUACCCUCACUGAUAAGGAGGCUUUGGGCGAGGGUGACACUGCUAAGCUUGAAAUCCAGAUUAAGUUGGAUAAGGAGAACAAGAUUCUCUCUAUUCGGGAUAGGGGUGUUGGUAUGACCAAGGAAGAUCUCAUCAAGAACCUUGGAACCAUUGCCAAGUCUGGUACUUCAGCUUUCGUGGAAAAGAUGCAGACUGGAGGUGACCUCAAUCUCAUUGGGCAGUUUGGUGUUGGUUUCUACUCAGUAUACUUGGUUGCUGACUAUGUUGAAGUGGUCAGCAAGCACAAUGAUGACAAACAGUAUGUGUGGGAGUCCAAAGCUGAUGGAUCAUUCGCUAUUUCCGAGGAUACAUGGAAUGAACCCCUGGGCCGUGGAACUGAGAUCAAACUGCAUCUCCGCGAUGAGGCUAAGGAGUACUUGGAAGAAGGCAAGCUGAAGGACUUGGUGAAGAAGUACUCUGAGUUCAUCAACUUCCCCAUUUACUUGUGGGCAACCAAGGAGGUCGAUGUUGAAGUGCCAGCUGAUGAGGAAUCAAGUGAAGAAGAGGAAUCAACCACAGAGACGACAGAGGAAGAAGAGACAGAAGAUGAUGAAGAGAAGAAGCCAAAGACAAAGACUGUGAAGGAGACGACUACUGAAUGGGAGCUUCUGAAUGAUAUGAAGGCCGUGUGGCUUCGUAACCCCAAGGAGGUUACUGAAGAAGAGUAUGCAAAGUUUUACCACUCACUAGCCAAGGACUUUGGUGAUGACAAGCCUAUGACUUGGAGCCACUUCAGUGCUGAGGGAGAUGUCGAGUUCAAAGCUUUGCUCUUUGUUCCUCCGAAGGCUCCACAUGAUCUGUACGAGAGCUACUACAACGCUAACAAGUCAAACCUCAAGUUGUAUGUUAGAAGGGUUUUCAUCUCUGAUGAAUUCGAUGAUCUUCUUCCGAAGUACCUCAGUUUUUUGAUGGGUAUUGUUGACUCAGACACAUUGCCCCUCAAUGUAUCCCGAGAAAUGCUUCAACAACAUAGCAGUCUGAAGACCAUCAAGAAGAAACUGAUCCGCAAGGCUCUUGACAUGAUUAGGAAACUUGCUGAGGAGGAUCCUGAUGAGUACAGCAACAAAGAAAAGACAGAUGAUGAAAAGAGUGCAAUGGAGGAGAAGAAGGGCCAGUACGCCAAGUUCUGGAAUGAGUUUGGCAAAUCAGUCAAGCUGGGAAUCAUUGAAGAUGCAACAAACAGGAACCGUCUUGCGAAGCUUCUGAGAUUUGAGAGUUCCAAGUCAGAUGGCAAACUUGUCUCCCUUGAUGAGUAUAUUUCAAGGAUGAAGUCAGGGCAGAAGGACAUCUUCUACCUUACAGGAAGCAGCAAGGAGCAGCUAGAGAAAUCUCCAUUCCUUGAGCAGCUGACCAAGAAAAACUAUGAGGUUAUCUACUUCACCGACCCCGUGGAUGAGUACCUGAUGCAAUACCUCAUGGACUACGAGGACAAGAAGUUCCAGAACGUGUCCAAGGAGGGCCUGAAGCUCGGCAAGGACUCAAAGCUCAAGGACCUCAAGGAGUCGUUCAAGGAGCUGACCGACUGGUGGAAGAAGGCCCUGGACACGGAGGGCAUCGACUCGGUGAAGAUCAGCAACCGGCUGCACAACACCCCCUGUGUGGUGGUCACCUCCAAGUACGGAUGGAGCUCCAACAUGGAGAAGAUCAUGCAGGCGCAGACCCUGUCGGACGCGAGCAAGCAGGCGUACAUGCGUGGCAAGAGGGUCCUGGAGAUCAACCCCAGGCACCCCAUCAUCAAGGAGCUCCGUGACAAGGUCGCCCAGGACAGCGAUAGCGAGGGUCUGAAGCAGACGGCGAGGCUGGUGUACCAGACGGCGCUGAUGGAGAGCGGGUUCAACCUGCCGGACCCCAAGGACUUUGCCUCGAGCAUCUACCGGUCGGUGCAGAAGAGCUUGGACCUGAGCCCCGACGCGGCCGUGGAGGAGGAAGAGGAGGUGGAGGAGCCCGAGGUGGAAGAGAAGGAGUCAGCCAAGGCGGAGGAGCCGGAGCACGAGCAGUACGACAAGGACGAGCUGUAGUUGCUGCCGUCUUCUCAUCGCCCAUUUAGCUCUCAGUAGAAGUGUUGGACUGGAAAUGUGAUGGUUUCGAGGGACGUCCAUUUUUUACCGCGCGAAAACGCAAAUCAUUGUGAUACGAGGUUUUUGUCAGUGUAAUGUACUACUGUACCUAGUUUUUUUAAAAGUUAAAUGAUACCCUAGCUAGUUCAAAUUA